GUGAGGCUCCCCGGCUCCCGGCUGCUCCCGGCUCCCCCCGGUUCUGUCUGCGUGCACGGCUGCUGCGGCACUUUUUGGCGGGCACAGUCCUUUUGGCGGUAGAGGACGAGAACGUUUUAUUGUUUAGUUCUUCGGGACUUGUGAAAAGUCGAUCAACGUUUACAAAUGGGUGACAAAGACGGUGAAACCUUCGACGACGCGGUUGAGGAGCGUGUCAUCAACGAGGAGUAUAAAAUAUGGAAAAAGAAUACUCCUUUUUUGUACGACCUUGUGAUGACCCAUGCUCUGGAAUGGCCAUCGCUGACGGCACAAUGGCUACCUGACGUUACAAGGCCCGAGGGCAAGGAUUAUUCCGUUCAUCGUUUGAUACUGGGUACCCACACAUCCGACGAACAGAAUCACCUUCUCAUCGCGAGCGUUCAAUUGCCAAAUGAGGAUGCCCAAUUCGACGCCUCGCAUUAUGACAACGAAAAAGGCGAAUUUGGAGGCUUUGGUUCCGUCAGCGGAAAAAUUGAAAUUGAGAUUAAGAUUAAUCAUGAGGGAGAAGUGAACAGAGCUAGAUAUAUGCCGCAAAAUCCUUGCGUCAUUGCUACCAAAACUCCUUCUAGCGACGUACUUGUUUUUGAUUAUACUAAACAUCCUAGUAAACCUGAUCCAAACGGAGAAUGCCAUCCUGAUUUAAGGUUACGCGGCCAUCAAAAGGAAGGCUAUGGUCUUUCGUGGAAUCCAAAUCUCAAUGGUUACUUGUUAAGCGCUUCCGACGAUCACACGAUCUGUCUCUGGGACAUAAACGCAACACCCAAAGAAAAUCGUGUGAUCGACGCGAAGACAAUUUUUACUGGCCACACCGCAGUCGUCGAGGAUGUAGCCUGGCACCUUCUGCAUGAAUCUCUGUUUGGUUCUGUAGCUGACGAUCAAAAAUUGAUGAUCUGGGACACUAGGUGUAACAACACGAGCAAACCCAGCCACACCGUCGACGCCCACACAGCUGAAGUCAAUUGUUUGAGCUUCAAUCCUUAUUCCGAAUUCAUUCUCGCGACCGGAAGCGCCGACAAAACAGUCGCCUUGUGGGAUCUCCGCAAUUUGAAGCUCAAGCUGCACUCUUUCGAGUCGCACAAGGAUGAGAUUUUCCAGGUACAAUGGUCGCCCCAUAACGAAACGAUACUCGCAAGCAGUGGCACCGACAGACGUCUGCACGUUUGGGAUUUGAGCAAAAUUGGCGAGGAACAAUCACCCGAGGACGCUGAAGACGGACCACCUGAAUUACUGUUUAUCCACGGAGGACACACAGCAAAGAUAAGUGAUUUUUCGUGGAAUCCGAACGAGCCCUGGGUCAUAUGUUCGGUGUCAGAGGACAAUAUUAUGCAAGUAUGGCAAAUGGCUGAGAACAUAUACAACGACGAGGAGCCGGACACACCAGCGAGUGAACUCGAAGCUGGAGCAUCAUAAGUCCUAUAACAAGUAUAAUUUAUUAAAUAUUUCGUCCGGACUGUGAAAUCCAUCGGCUAAGAAGUGCGGGCCAUCGACGUUAAAAAAGAAGGCGAGAAAAAUAAAUCUAAAGAGAUGGUUGAUAAGAAUAAAAGUACGCAUCAUUUCGAUGAUCGCAUCAUCCGCAUGGCAAAAAAUCAUUUGCAAAUACGUCAUUAAAAUUGAUUAUGAGCUACCCAAACAAAAAGAUUUUCAAAAUUGUUAUGAAAGGAAAAAACUCGCAAAUAUCAACUCCGAUUGAAAAAUAGUUUGUUUCUUUUUUAGUUUUUGUUGAUUUAUCAGCGUGCUUCAACAGUCACCACGGACUGCAAGUCUAGCCCGAUUGUAUAAUCGCUCAUCUUACGUCUAUAUAUUGCGCUGUUUAUUCGUUAAUGCGAAUGUUUUUCAUUGUGUGGCUCUACGAUGUUGCGAGUAUAUUUUCUACUUAGUUUUAAGUCUGGAUAAGAUAUUGACUGAAUCGGAUAUUCCAAUUACAAUAGGACAUUAUAACAUAACACUCGAAUGUUCUCAAUUACUCACUACGCAAGUAUUUGUAAUUGUACAUUUUUUUCUUACGAUACAGUUCAGCGAAGACAGGGGUUACCCGAAAAAAAAUCAUUUGCUAAAAAUUUGAAAACAAAAAAACUAUCAAACGAAGAAGGAUGAGCUGUUGUUUCUAAGAGUCUAAGGCGUGGAAUUAAUAAACAAGUCGCCAAAUUCAUUGGCAGUUGAA